CACACAUUGUAGAUCUACUAUUGGAGAGGCUCACCUUCCCUCUUUCCUGUUACUUAAGGCAUUAAUAAUAGAUGCUUUUAUUCACACUUGAAAAAGUAUCCUUGUUGUAAUGUUUCCAUGGAUUAAGUGACUUGGUGAUUGAUCUUACACUGCGAAUCGGUUUGUUGUUUCUAAAAUACUAGGUUGAAAUAAUCUGCUUUCUUUGGUGAGUCAAUUUUGCUUUGUUCCUUCAGUCUCUUUUAUGGGCUGGCUGUGGGGAAAUCAAGUGAUACCCUUACCCUGGAAAGGACACAGAAGAAAUGGCUCCUGGUCCUGAGGGGUUUACGCUGUGAGUGGAAAGUGGACACACAGGUGAAAUGUCUGCUCCAGGAUUGUACCAGGCGGCUGCUGGGCCUUCGGUGCCCACUGCACCCCCAUCCUAUGAAGAGACGGUGGCCACUAACAGUUACUUCCCCACACCUCCUGCACCUGUGCCUGGGCCAACCACGGGGCUUGUGCAUGGCCCUGAUGGGAAGGGCAUGAACCCUCCUGCGUACUACACCCAGCCAGUGCCCGUCCCCAACGCCAAUGCAAUUGCUGUGCAGACGGUCUACGUGCAGCAGCCAGUGUCCUUUUUCGACCGUCCAAUCCAGAUGUGUUGCCCUUCCUGCAACAAGAUGAUUGUGACCCAGCUGUCCUAUAAUGCCGGUGCCCUCACCUGGCUCUCCUGUGGGAGCCUGUGCCUGCUCGGAUGCAUAGCGGGCUGCUGCUUCAUCCCCUUCUGUGUGGACGCCCUGCAGGACGUGGACCAUUACUGUCCCAAUUGCAAAGCUCUCCUGGGCACCUACAAGCGUUUGUAGGACUCGACCAGACCUGGAGGGAGCCACGUGUGCCAGGAAGUCCUUUCCGACUCUCGCCAGCUCCACCCCCGGUGGAGGUUCCACCCGAGUGGUCUCAUCCCUCCAGGGAUUCCACCUUUGUGUCUUCUUUUGGGGGGAAAAUAUCGCAAGAGUAACACACAUCCAAACCCCAGAAACUGCUGCUUGGAGUCGUGCACAGGACUUGCAAAGACAUUCACCUUGAGUGCGGGUCACAGGGUCCACGGGUCCCGCCUGCCUGCGACCCAGCCAUUCCAUCUAACUGUGAUCGCUGCCCUGUCUGAAUAUCUUCUGGAGAUUUGCCUUGCCAGCUUCUUUCCUUGCCUCAGUGGGCCUUUCCGGUGGUGGGCUCCAGCUGAGAAGCCACAGGUUGCCUUAUUCUCGAGACUGUUCUGGCCUGAAUACGACUAAGCCAGUCGUUAGUGCUGCCGUCGUGUCCAUCUGUUCUCAUGUCUGAUGACAGAAAUCUUGCCUUAAGGCCUUGGCUCUCAGAUUCUGUAAUUGCAGGCUUUUCACUAGCACAAAAAUUCACUUUAUUUCUUAGUUAGGCAGGGACUCUUCCCAGCUCCCAGACCCAGACCCAUGGGGUCAUAAAUGCUUGCUGGAAAUGUGGAGCGGGGUCUCCCGUCGAUCUGCCUUCCCCCCCGUUCUUUCUGCAGGUCCUCAGCCAUUUUCACGAAGGGCUUUUUCUUGUGGAGAAGUGAUUUGUAUUAACAGUUUUUAUGACCUUUUUUGAUCUUAAACACCUUUCAACCUAAUUUUGAAAGAAGGGAUUUAUAGAACCAUUUUCCAUAACCGUAUAAUUGGUAUCAUUUUCCCAUUUGCCAGGGCAUGCGUAUAUAUUUUUUUCUUUAAUUGAAAAAGUAACGGAUGAAUGCGCCCACUGCCUUUGCUUGGGUUUAGUGUGCUUCUGAAAACCUCUGUAAUGGAACUUCGAAAGCGGGCCCUUCUGGGUUCCUGGUGGUGCGUUUGGAGAGACAGAAGCACGUGUGAGCGCGUCCAGGUACCACGGUGCUGAAACGCUUGGAGACCUGAACUGUCGAAAGGAAUCUAAAGUCUGAUUUUAUUUUUCGGAAAUAUAAUUUGUUGUGUAACAUUGGGAGACAUGAUUUCUAGGACUCCAGCAGCAAGCCAGCGUCCUCGGGCCGCUGCUGUGUCAUCUUUGAAAUCAAGAGAAAGCCAGACUUGACUUCCAGGAGUCCCUAUUUUGAUAAUAAAUAGGCACAAGGAAUGCAUGUGAAUAAUAUUAUGUAGAAAUCAAGCUUAGACCUUGAACGAAAAUCUGUAUAUUGGCUGAACAUUAGAGUUGUAGCCAUUGAUUCAGCUUAUUCAUUUGAUGUUCUGAAAGUUUCAGUAAUUAUUUUUACAAUGAAUAUGGAGAGACGACAUCGUACUUUGGUGUUUAUCUGCUUUUAAAAAAUAAAGUCUUUUGUUCAUUUGGUGAUCUAUUUACCAAUUCUUACAGUGUGAAGAAAGGUCUGGUGUUUCUAGCCGUUGUUACAAAGAACCCUUAUUUGCUCCAUAAUAGUAGAAAAUCCUUCCUGAUCAAAACUUCAGACUUACUGAAUGUCCUGCAAUGUCAGGAUGACUGAUGUUGAGCUGGGUGGAUGGCUAGGGAGUCAGAUUUGAACAUUAGGUUAUUGGAACUCAAUAGGCGUCAUCGAUGGCAGCCAGCCAUAGCUUUCAAGUUUUAAUAAAAUGCACAGAAGAAAGCUGUCCCUAUUCAUUCUCUGAACAAAACAUGCUUUGUUAAUUGAUCAGGGUGGUUGUGAGAUGCUCAAAGGAGAGCAUUGUGAAUUGCCAGGAACAUGAAUGUCAUCCUCCCCUUUCCUACCUGGUGACAAAGCUUCGUUUUGGAAAGAGCAGGAAAAUAAUGUCAUCUUGGCGUGGCUUACAUUGUCAUUUAAACUCCGAUCAUAUGGUCUUGAAAAAUUGCUCCUCACUCAGUUUUGUUCAUACGUGUUUCUUUCACUGGACAAAAUGGAAGGCCAUGCAUAUUUAGCAGUUUUGUUCCGAUGGUGGUAUGUAAAUGUUCCCAAGCUGUUAUUAAUCACAUAUGCAAAGUUGUCAAACAAGAGCUCUGUUUCAGGGACCAUAAAAUAUACUGUGGGACUUUUAAAAUAAUGGCAGGCCUGGAGACCCUCCCUUGAACCAGGGCUCACCUGAGCAUUUAUUGGACUUCCCAUUUUAUUGUUCACAGUACAGGCUUACCCAUAUUUGUACAAAUUAAAGGCUUUUGUUCUACCACUAUUGGGGAUUUGGGAGGAAGUUUUU